AUGGGGGGAAAUGGGGGAGAGAGAGGAUAUGAGAGGAGAGGGUGGGUGGGGGAGAGGGAAGGAGAGGAAGGGGAGGAAGGGGAGGAGAUGAGAGGAGAGGAGAGGGUGGGAGAGGAAGGGAAGGAUGAGAGAGAGAAAGGGGAGGAAAGGGAGGCAGGGGAGGGAAGGAAGGGGAAGGGAGAAGGGGAAGGGAAGGAGGAGAGAGAGGGAAGGAGGGGGAUGAAGAUUCUUGGAGAAGGAGGUGUUGAGAAGGGGUUGUUGAGGUGGAAUGGAGGUGGAAUGGAAGUGUCGAGUAAGGUUGAGUUGAGUUGA